AUCACAAAACAACAAUUAGGUAAUAAACGGAAAAUAAACUUAUGAAGCACUUCGUAUUAUCAACACAUCUAUAAACUCGUCGUGGCAAAUUAACUUUUUUUCUAUCCCGUUUACCAAGUUGAAACAGAUCGCGAUUUACGCAAUGAAUUUCAGCACUUUCGUUCAUCGUUUCCGUUAUUCUUUUAUCGUAAAGUGCCACGCCUGUUCUGGUGUCGGUAUACGCAAUACUUAGGAACCUGUUUUAUGUUUACGGAUUCGUAACAAAAAUCAGCUCCAAAAUUUUGCAAUUUCAUACAUUGCAGCACUUUUUGCGUGUUACAAUUUAUUAUUAAAAUUUAAAGUUACCAAUUUUUAGAUUAAAAAAAGUUACAAUCAGUUUUAUCGCCUCAAAGUCCUCUACCAAUAUUGUUAUCAAUUUAUCAGGUAAAAUAAGUUUGAAUUAUGGAAAAUGUCGUAGAUUUAAUAAAAACUGUUAAUUAUUUUUUAAAAGCGAGUAAUUUGUGAAUCCCAGUGUUAAUGACCUCUGAUAUUGACCUAGUUUAGGUGUACUAUGCAAUAACAAUCCACCUGAUGAGAUAUGACAAUCAAAUUCUAACCAGAAAAAAUUUUCUAUAGAAUUAUGUGAAUUUUUUUAACAUAAAAUAUUUAGAAAACAGAAUUGUUAAAGUUUGAGUGCUUCAGUUGCAUUAAUUAGGUAAUUAAUUUUAUUUAAACAAUUUUAAUAGGCACAACGAGCACUUUAAUGCUUGGUACCCGCUUCCUGCAGGAAAUGACUAAACAGUAUAUUAAGCAAAAGUGUAGCAGUAAACAAAAAGUAUAAUUACAGGAGUAUUGUUUUACUAGAUAAAAAACGCCGUGUACGGCAAAUAAUUGAUAAAAUUGGAUGUGAAGGACAUGACACAACAAAUUUCAAAGAUAAAAACAGAAUGGUUUGAAUCCUAACAACCAGUUAUCAAAUAAUAAAAACAGUAUUGUACUUGCUGGUAAACAACAUUUCUGGUGACCUUUUAUCACCGAAACGUAUGUUUACACAUACAUGGAUAUCUUGUUAAAUAACACUGGAGUUUUCUAAAAACAUUAUACUAAGUACUUAUUUGUGUACGUUAUUAUCAACGCUAGUCGACUUGGUAUAAAUCAAAAACAAUCAAGAUCGAGUAAAAAUUACAGAAUCAUCGAGUAUUUCUUGAUAAUCGGUUUUUAAUACAUCUAAUUAAAUAAUAACAGAUAAGUGAUAGUGAUAAGUGAAAAAUCAUAAACAGCGUAAAGAAUAUGGCGCAGAACAACCCAUUUUUGCUCACUUUGCCAAGAGAGAACCGUGCAAGUUCUUCCGGAUAUUCAGGGAGCAGCGUCGUGCACAGGGAAAGGCAAAAAUCUAGUGAUACUGCACCAUCGUCUCCAUCCAAAGAGGGCCAGGCGUUUAUUUUUGAUAGAAAAUCAGAGAGUAGAAUCCAGCCCCAAGGUUCCCAUGAAGAUGAGGUCCCUUAUUUCACAAAACCUCCAGUUGCUUAUGAACCCAGCAGACCAAGGGCAAAUACAGUUUCUGAGGGAUCACAGUUACGAAAUGCAACAGAGUCGAAGACUCCCACAGUAUUUCGAUGGGAAGGAGGCGGAAGGAAUGUGUAUAUUAGUGGGACUUUUACAAAUUGGCAGACAAUACCAAUGGUAAAAAGUCACGGGGAUUUCGUGACAAUUAUUGACUUACCUGAAGGUGAACACAAGUAUAAAUAUUAUGUAGAUGGUGAGUGGAAGAAUGAUCCCACUAGUAAAAUAGUUGACGAGGAUGGUGAAAAAAAAAAUCUCAUUACUGUGAAACAGUCUGAUUUUGAGGUAUUUCAAGCGUUGGCGAAGGACAGCGAGAGUCACAAGGACGACUCCCAAAAAGAAUUCGGACAGGAAGUGCCCAUAAACAAACCUUGGGAGAAAACCAGCGGGCCCCCGAUUCUACCCCCACACCUGUUACAAGUUAUAUUAAAUAAAGACACACCCUUAUCGUGUGAGCCUACCCUACUGCCAGAACCGAACCACGUGAUGUUAAAUCACCUGUACGCGUUAUCGAUAAAGGACGGCGUGAUGGUCUUGAGCGCCACGCACAGGUAUCGGAAAAAAUACGUAACCACCCUCCUCUAUAAGCCAAUUUAAUUUAUACUUCUAAUUUAUUUUUAAAUGUAAAUAAUUCUAGCAACGUAUUUAAUUUAUUUAAACCCUAGAUUUAUACUGACAUGUUCUUUCCCGGUUGAUUUGCCAGUCCGUACACGUAAAUGUUGCCUAUCGUGAUGUGUUUAUAGUGACGCUUUUCGCUGAAAUCUUGAAGUGAGUGGCAUAUGCGAGAUAAAUUUAAAAAAUUUCACAACGUAUUUCAAAGGUUUUUUUUUGUCAAAUGUGAAAUAUGGUCAGAAUUUCAUCGUCUACAGGACAAGUGCCUUCGAGAAAAGUUACUAAUAUGCCAUUCAGAUUGGGGUUGCUAUUUUGUAAAUAUAAGAUACUUGUAGAUUUACUACAACACACCAAAAAUCUGUUACUUUUUAAUAGUUCUGUUAAAGAAGCAAUAAUGUAACUAAAAAUAUGAAGAUUAACAUUUUUCCAUAUACAGGGUGUCCCAAUUCGUAGUGGUGCAGGCCGUUAGUGUAAUAAAUAAAAAGUAAAUGAAGUUCCAGCAUUUUUUAUUAUACAGGGUGUCCAGGAUAUGGUGGGUAAUUUCUUGGACUUGUAAAAAUGACGUCACAAGUUUAUAUACAUUUUUUUUUACAUGUUAUACAUGUUUUGAUAGUUCAAACUCUUCUUUUAAUGUAUUCAAUUUACCGAUAGCUACUUUGGAGCCCAGAACCCAAAAAAACUGUAUAGGCCUACUUUUUAAAUUUUCAUUGCCAUUUUUAAGAUUUUUGACAGUUUUUAAAUGACAAUGUACUUGCUUGAUAUCGAUACAACGAACUGAUUUCGAGAUAAAAUCGUUUAACGAUAAUUUUCGACAUACGUUAAUUGUACCAACAUGAAAACAAAAGUCGGAUAAUUUAUGCAGUGAAAUAAGUAUAUUUUUUCGUUUAAAAGAGCACAAAGGUUGCAAAAAUGACGACAAAAACUAAAAAAGUAGGCCUAUUAUUAAUUUUUUUAGGAGGGUCAAAAUUGCUGACGGCGUUUUACCCCCGGAUCUGCAUUCUAUCAGUAGAUCGAAUACAUUAGUAGAAACAGCUUCAAAUAACGUAGCUUCUAUUAAAAUCGAAAUUUGAUGAGAAACAAAAAAAUUACAAUGAAAAACGAUUUUCGAUCAACCAGUAACCCUACAGGGUGAGCCCAAAUAAAAAAAAUAAUUAUACAAGCUUAUGAUAUUUUUUGCAAGAUCUGUUCAAAUUUGGAAGAUUGCCUGCCAUUUCCUUUAUACAGUUUAAUAUUUUAUAUCCCCAAAAUAAUAAAUCCUGAGAUUGCUAUAAUUUUUUUUAAGUGCUGAAGUCAAACGAUGUAGGAACGAUUUUUUUUGUAUAAUUUUUAAUAUUAAAAAAAAUGGAGCAAUCCGAAUGAAUGGUGAUAGAAUAUCGUAAAUUUCUUAUGAAAAUAUUACCAAUAUAAUUAAAAAAAAAAUGGGAUUUAAAAAAUCAUAGCAAGUUUACGAUUUAAGAAAGUUAGUUUGCAAAUAUUCGCGAUCUUGGGAAUUAUUUACCUGAAAAAUAUUUGAAUUUCAUUUGUUUUUUAAUGGCCUGUACGUCUAUAAAUUGGUACACCCUGUACGGGUGAAUCCAAUAAAUGAUUGCCUUGACGAAAAGUAGGUUAUUUUAAUGAAAAUAAUUUCAAAAUUAUCAGGUGUUGAGAAGCUUUCUCUCUUGAUUUUGCCCUCAAAUUUACUCUAAUCUUUUAAACGGAUCACAUUGAGUCUUUAAGAGGGCUCUAUAGCAAAUAGGCAACCGGUAAUACAUUUUUAUCGUUUUUGUUACACAGUUUGUCUAAAU